AUGCUGCUUGUCCACAUUUUUAAUUUUACCAUCUACAGAUAUCUGAUGGUUUCUGUCAGGUUUGUCACCAGUUUCAGGCUGAUCAUGCCUUUCUGUCGCUGAAUGCUCUUUUUAUAAUGAAUAUUUUGCUAUUUUUUUAAUACACAGUAACGCAGUUUUUAUUCAGUUGUGCUCCACAUUGACAUUCUUAUUUCUCACUAAAGUUUGUGAUUUCACACAAGUGGAAGGAGGCAGGGAGGCUAAUCUGCUGAAAUUUGUCUUUAAAAUAACAUAAAAAUUAAAACAAUUUUGGAUUUUUUUUCAUAUGUAACAUAAUAUACACCCCUAAGAUUGUAGUCUCGUUAUAAGUGUCCUCUCUCCUGUAAAUUUCUCCGAACUGUAAAAUAUUGCAACACACAUGGUUCACGUCUGAUUAUUUAAAAUAGUUUCGCUUUUACUGCGCCAACGGGCCGCUGUUGCUAUCCAGAUUUCGCCAGAUAAAUGCAUCUGUUUUGUAACUGGGCAGACCAGGAAAACGCGUCCAAUCAGAUUAAUCCCUGUGAGAAAAAUAAUUCUGCUCGACCAAUAGAAUUUCGCCUGCUUUUGGUAUCCGGGUAGGUUUGGGAGAGGCGACCAAUCAGAAUAGACGUUGGCUUUGUAGUCAGGCAGACAUAACAAAGUCAUCCAAUCACAAAAAAAUCUGAAGGGGGAUUUUUGCUGUAUCUUGGCUCAGAUGGUGGUUCUCAGCACUGGUUAGUCGGUCCAGAUGUCGGAGGACCAGCGCCACCAGCGGACCGAAGCCUCCCGACGGGGAGAGGGCAGCCUGGAGGCCGGGGAGGGCGACACCGAGCCCAGCAUGCUGCUGCAGAAACUCAAGAGCAACAUCUCUAAGAAUGUUCAGACCAAAGUGGAUCAGAUCCUGCAAGACGUUCAGCGUUUCUCUGACAACGACAAGUUGUACCUGUACCUCCAGCUGCCCUCUGGACCCAGCUCUGGAGACAAGAGUGGCGGCGACUCCAGCUCUUUCAACACAGCCGACCAGCUUCACACCUGUAACUGGAUCCGCAGCCACCUGGAGGAGCAUUCAGACACCUGCCUGCCCAAACAGGACGUCUACGAGACAUACAAGAGAUACUGUGAGAACCUCCAGCAUCGUCCUCUGAGCGCCGCCAACUUCGGAAAGAUCAUCAGAGACAUUUUUCCCAACAUCAAGGCGAGACGUCUCGGCGGCAGAGGACAGUCCAAGUACUGCUACAGCGGCAUCAGGAGGAAGACGGUUCUCAACAUGCCUCUGCUGCCCAACCUGGACCUGAAGAACGACCCGGCGGAGCUCACUGAACUGGUCCAGACCUACAAACAGGAAGUGACGGAGGCGGCGUGCGAGCUGAUCUGUGAUUGGGCGCAGAAGAUCCUGAAGCGCUCGUUCGACACGGUGGUGGAGAUCGCUCGUUACCUGAUCCAGGAGCACAUCGUCAACCCUCGCUGCAGCCAGGCCGAGCUGGUGACCUCCGCAGCGCUCGCAGGAGGUCCGGCUAAAACCCACAAAGUCAUCAAGAAGACUCCUGUGAUCUCCAAAGCUGACGGUGACGGAGCUGCAGAUCAGAAGAAGGAAGCAGGAGAUUCUUCCUCCUCGUCCUCGGUGAAGCCGCCUGGAGACAAAUCUGCUGGAGCAGCCAAACCUUCCUCUCUGGACGCUGCACCUCCAUCCUCCUCCUCCUCCUCCUCCUCUUCCUCGUCUCUGCGUCCUGCGGUGGAGGCCUUCAUAAAGCAGUUACCCAGAAUCCUCCCUCGGAGCUCCCUCCCUGAUAAGACCCUCUCUGUGCGCUCCUCUCCGCCCUCGUUGGCCCCCAAAGAUGCUUCUGGAGUGGGAGGAGCUUCUGGACCUGGAGGUCCUGCUGCUGCCGCCGCCGCCAGCGGUGGAGGGGUUAAAGUCAUCUCCAUAGCAACGCUGCCCCAGCAGCAGGGCGGGCCCGUCCCGGUGAUGAUCCUGCCUCAGGGCUGUCUGUCCUACGACAGGGAGAAGGUGGCCCCGCCUCCUGCUCCUCCACCUCCUCAGCAGCAGCACACCCCUGCAGCCCCCACCUCCGUGGUCCAGAAGGCCCGAGGGAGCGGCAGCAAGCGCCCCCUGGAGGCCGUGACGUCAGGCGGCGGCGCUGUGGGCGGGUCCAGUGGAUCUACUGCCAGCACUCCUCCGGUGAAACGGAAACGAGGACGACCGAGGAAACCUCGCCCUGAGGACUCCCUCCCUGCUCCUCCUGCUGCUCUCCCCCCUCCGCCUCCCCCCGCUGCUCCGCCCUCUCACCCUCCCAUCAUCACCUCCAUCACCGGCGGCGUCAUCCAGAAGGCCUCCUCCUCCUCCACGUCCUCCUCCUCCCAGCCGGUGCUGGAGCUGGUGCUCCAGGAGCAGCCGGGGCUGGUUCUGAGUCAGCUGCCCACAGACCCGGCCCACCGGCUGGUGGAGCACCGCGGCGUGGUGGUGCAGUGCCAGCCGGGCGGAGCGGCCGAGCCGGACCGCCACGGCAGGCCGCUGCUGCUGUUCCAGAGUCCGGGGAACCCGAGCUGGGAGCUGGCGGCGUCGGGACGGACGCCGAUGGUGGAGGUGAUCCAGAAAGCUCCCAGACCGAGCAACAACAACAACAACAGCAGCAGUGCUCCUCCGCCUGCAGCCCACCUCCACCCCCCCGCCCUGCCGCCGCCCACGGUGCAGGAGGACCAGGCCGAAGUGGAGAUCAUGCUGACGCCGGUGGAGGUGCACGUCAGCCCGCCUCCUCCUCCCCCCUCCUCUGCUGCUCCCGUCGCCUCCCCGUCCGUCUCCUCCGCCUUAACGGUGAAGAUGCAGGAGGAGGAAGGAGAGAGCAGCACCUCCUCUAGCAGGGAGGGACUCUAGUGUUUUUAUCAGCUUUACCUGCAGCAGACCCUCCCCCCCGCCUCUCCUUUUCUCCGUUGGUGGAAAUCCCAGAUUGGCGUCAGCAGAGAGCCAAUCCAGGAGGAUAAAUGAAGCCAAAACGUCACCACGUUGUCCUUCCAUCGCCAUGGAAACAGACUGGAUGCUGUUAAACCUGCAUGUGUGUCUGUGUGUGUGUCGCCUGCAGCUCCUCACCGUCCUCCUCCUUCCUUCACUACUUCCUGCCUCGCCUCCUCCUGUCUUUGGUCGUCUGCUGCUUCGCUUCACAUCAGAAAAUAACACAGAUAAAGAAAAGAUGAAGGAAGGAGGGGAGGGGAGAGGAGGAACAUGAGUCCAGUGUUGGAUCAGGUGGAGUGGGUAGAUCCAGUAGGUACUUACGGGUCAGAGCCUUGUGAAGGUUCUCUGUGCUAAAUAUGAAAAACCUCUUUAACGGAGCCCAGCGUCGCUUCACCUCCUUACAGCCAAGAAGAAACGCAGUGAAGGUGGACCGACACUCGGCUCCUCUGUUCUAAACAGCUUUGUGUUUUUAUGUGUGUUGGUUUUGUGUUUCUGAUGGUGUGUGAGUUCGAAAGAGAAAAAUCUAAAUCACUCUAAAUAUCAUAUCCUGUAAAACGAGCCAUCUCCUGCAGAAUUAGAUUCAUUCAAAGGAGACUUUAUUUAUUACUCUCGGCUUGUCAAAAACAUUUGUUGGUCGACAACAGUAAAUUGGAAAUUCUAAAAUUAUUUUACUUGAAGUUGAUCAGAGUCAGAAACACCAAAUGUCGGGUCUGUUUGUCCAAUCAGCAGGACUCAGGUGUCCGUUGAAAUAAUUAUUACUCUGAGGUCUUUUUUUUAUCUUUUAAAAUAAUUUCAGCUCUAACACUGAUCACAAAUUGUUAUUUUUACCAUUUAAAUUAAGCUACUGCAGUUUGAGCUGCAGGAGGCAGAAAACUGGAGGAAAACACAGAAUUUGAGUUCCCUCCUGUCACUCCUUCAUCUCCCUUCUUUUCUAGACUUCAUCCGAGAUUUUAACUCUCAGAUUCUUCCAUCUAACCAGCCUUUGUUGCUUUAAAUAUUCUCAACUCAGGACCUUUUAUUUAUCACAAACAAAA